AUGCAGUGUCGCACAGAUUUAGGACUCUGCGUAGCCUUUCCGCCGUCUCCCGUCACUCGCUCAGGCACGCAGAAGGCAGCCUUCGUGGGGUCCUCGUGGCCAGCCAAGAUGGCUGCCCCCGCGGGGAAGGUUGCGCGAGGGUGGUCGGUCCUGGCGCUGACCCUGCGGACUGCUGUCCCGCGGCUUCCAGGGCUAACCCAGGUGAGGUGGAGCCGCUAUAGUCCUGAAUACAGGGAUCCACAGACUGACAAGGAGUAUUACCGCAAGCCCUUGGCGGAGCUGACUGAGGAGGAGAAGUGUGAACAGGAACUCAGGAAGACUCAGCUUAUCAAAGCUGCCCCAGCAGCGAAAACAAGCUCUGUGUUUGAAGACCCCGUGAUCAGUAAAUUCAUCAACAUGAUGAUGAAAGGAGGAAACAAAGUACUGGCCAGAUCCCUCAUGACACAGACUCUGGAAGCUGUGAAAAGGAAGCAGUUUGAGAAGUACCAUGCUGCUUCUGCUGAGGAACAGGCAACCAUCGAACGCAACCCCUACACCAUCUUCCACCAAGCUCUGAAAAACUGUGAGCCUGUGAUAGGGCUGGUGCCCAUCCUCAGAGGGGGCCAUUUCUACCAGGGACCAGGUUCUCUCAGGAUCCACCAGCCACCGCCCCCCAGGCCCGCAACCCCGCUUCCGUUCCGUCCACGAUGCUGUGUUGUCCCUGUGCCACUUCCCGCCCGGCGGCGUCGCUUCUUGGCCAUGAAGUGGAUGCUCACUGAGUGUAGGGAGAAGAAGCACCGGCGGACGCUGAUGCCGGAGAAGUUGUCACAUGAACUGCUGGAGGCUUUUCACAACCAGGGCCCUGUGAUCAAGAAGAAGCAUGACAUGCACAAGAUGGCCGAGGCCAACCGUGCCCUGGCUCACUACCGCUGGUGGUAGGGGGAGGGGGCGGCGCUCUGCUGCAAGAAACCGUGGGAGCCGGGGUCACUGUCAGCGAAAAUCCCUUGUGGGUGAAGUAGUUCCUUUUUAAGGGCGUGCAGGCCUUGUAAGGGGGGAGCAGCAUAUUUAUGCUCGUUAGUCCUUUCUUUGGGCCCUAGAACUUGCUUUUCCUGUCCCAGCUCCUCAUACACUGGGAAUGUAUCAAUCUGGAUUUCCCCCAGGAACUUCGGGCCCAUCCAGCUUCUCUUCCUCUAUUCAGGGUAGAACUUUGGAAGAUAUGAAAGGAAGCAGUUUUAAUGUUAGAAAAGGUUUAUUAGAAAAUUCUCGUCCUGAACUGGUGUCGUGUGUGUGGUGGUACCUGCUGUUUACUAAAAUCGACUGGAAAUUUG